AGUCGAUGAGGAGUACAUGAAGAAGAAUCAAAGUGCUUCGUCGAAAGCGCUCAAUGUAGUAGUUAAGGCUAAAUCUAUAGUAUAAUUACAUCUUUGGACGCUGCGUCCUUGAUGAAAUUAUGUAUGGACUGUUAGGUAUCCACCUUGUCGUGUCUGAUUAAGUAUCCACCUUGUGUAUUAGGUAUCCACCUUGUGUCUGAAAUGUAAGGACUCCCCCACACACUUUUCAAGGAUGCACUUGAAAGAUGAAUGACAGCUCUAACAAUGGGAGGAGAGGAAGCAGUGGGGGGGAAGCAGUGGAGGAGAAGUCAUCAAAGAGUCUGGGACGACAAGGACAAGGAAGACCUUCAGUACAAAAAAUCUCCCCAACAUCCACCGCAAGGUUAUCUACUUCUGCUGUUCAGGGACACCAAGAACCUCCCAAUGCUGCCCGAAAAACCGCAAUUGCACCGGCAGCAUCGUCUUCCACCGUGAUCAUGGAAGAGGAUGAUGAAGAAGAAUCGGUUGUAGUGGAAGAAAGAGUUACAGCGCCUGCAACUAGUAGCAAACGGAGUCCAGAAGUAGAAGAACAUCAUGAUGCGAAGAGUCCACCAGAAGUAGUAGAAGAACUUCCUGUUGAUGCGAAUAACAUUAAGGCUCAAGAACUUUCCUUGGUCAGGUCAUUGAGGUUAGUCACUGGGAUCCCUCUUGAGAGAAUCAACGGGGAAGGGAAAGCAAAGGGCUUAGGGUUAGGGGCCCUUUUCUUUCAGCAUGAUCAGUGACCACUCACAACUGCUGACCUUUAACAACAGAAACAACAGUCAACAACAACACGCUCAUCUUGCAGCUCCCUCUUCUCCAUCUUGUUCUUUAGAAGAUGUUGCCGAAGAAGACGAUGAAUACGCGGACGAUGAUUUCUGCGAAAUAGAAAUUGAAGAAGGAGACCCUCUUUGUAGCAAGAAGGGUCCACCAGACGAAGCAUCACUCCCUACCCAUUCUUAAGGCUAUGUAUUAAAUACAUUUUAUUUGGACGCGCUCUUUUUCGUCAAGGAUGCAGUGAUGAAAUGUAUGGACGAGGACGCAUCCUUGAAAUGUAUGGAGGAGUAUCAAGGGAAAAGGACUCCCCCAUACUUUUCAAGGAUGCACUUGGAAGAUGAAUUGCGGACAGCUCUAACAUUCCAAGGAAUCGACAACAACAGGUGGAGGGGUCGCAUCCGAAGCAGAAUGGCUUACUGCAGGACGAUCGACCAGUGAGAUUGAGAAGAUGGAGGAACAGAAACUAGAUCACGAGGAACAAGCACAGCAGGAACUUCUAGAGGUAGUACAGGGACAAGGAGCAGAGUCGCAGCACUCACCACAGCAUGACGAGGUAGUUUUAUCUCCUGCCAGAGAGGAUCAACAAGACGAUUGUUCGCUGUGUUUUUCUUCUACGGCAGCCUCUAUCGUCCAUCAAGUGCUGCAAGAUGGCGUAGACAGCACACAGAAACUAGAUCAGUCAGGUGCUAGUUUCAGGUUUUCGUUCACGCAGGAGAAUUUUUUGCCGAAGGUGGAACAGAACGACGAAGACGACGAUCAUCAAGUAGAAGUAGAGACAGGGAGGAGACAGUUCGUGCAAGCAGCACCGUCGUCUACAUUUGAUGGCCAAGAACCAGCGCUUGAUGAAGAGAAAGAGACCACACAGUCGGUCAUGCAGGUAGACGCCGGAGCAGAAGGCAGAUUACUGCUAGAAGAAGAAGGAGUAGAAGUUUCAUCGCGAGGACAUGUAGUUGCAGACCAGAGAGACGAUGAGGAAAACGCCAAUGAAGUGGAGUUGGAGAGGACAGGCAUCAUAGAAAUCCCUUCUGAUGAUGAUGAUGAUGAUGAACGGCGUGAGCGCAUUCUUCCACCACCGGAGGAAGGCGUGAAAGAGGAGCAAACAGAGGACACGACAGCUGACAAUGCCACUCGAAGCCCGCCAAUAGAAGGAGGUGCCACAGAGACAGGGACAGCACUUGACGAGCACGAACCUUUCCACCACAGUGAAUCUUUUAGUCCAGAAAAAAAAACCGAACCGCUUAUCCAGCACCUCGAAUCUUCUAGUCCAGAAAAGAGUCCCUCUCUAGUACCAGUCCUACGGAGUCCGGACACUGAUGUUUCCCUGUGUCAUGUCGAAACGAUAGAAAGCGCGAUUAACUACAAGGGCUCUACGUCUACUGGGCGAUCGCCACCGGGAUCUCCCGAAGAGGGAAGGGGGCGAGAAGAGGGAAGGGGGCUUCGCGAUAAACGCGACUUUUCACUAUCAGGCUCACCUCGAGGACCAGAAGACGAAAUAAUUGCACCACGACCGGAAGACGAAAUUGCACCACGACCGGAAGACGAGAUUGUGCGAUCAAAGAAGACUGUGAAUUUUGACUUCUACAGUACAACAACUUCUACAGUCAACUUAGUAUCGCUCUCCGAAUUAUCUUCGGCUUCGGACAUCAACCAAGAGCAGGACAAACCUGCCACUUCCGCCAACGCCACUAACGAGUCAGCCAGUAUUAAGGGUACUAGGUUAAAGGUGCUCUAUUUCUAUUUGUUACCGUUUGUCAUGGCUCCUCUCCUAAGGGGACGGCCAUAACAAACGGGAAAAACGAACACCAAAAACCUACCUCUAACAGUAGUUCUUCGCGACAAUCAGUCGCCGCACCAGUCCCAGUGUCGAAACAGAAAGCCGGAGUUACUGAGCACAAGUUCGCGUAUUUGGAUGAGGUGCUGGGAUCAAGAGGCGACGGUCUAUGAUCUGACUUGGCUUUCGAUUUCACUGCUCUCAAGGGCGGAGUCAGAUGAAGUGCUCACUGGAGUGACAGAUGAAGUGCUCACUGGAGUGACAGAUGAAGUGCUCACUGGAGUGACAGAUGAAGUGCUCACUGGAGUGACAUGAACCAAGUUCGAUCUCCAGGAAGCUUCAGUUUUGAAGGUUGAAGAGAAAAUUUUGUGAGUUUUUAUGAUCAAGAACCGACUUGGUCCCCGUUUCUUUUUGCAAGAUCUACUCAGCUCCUCGUUUGUUGGAAGGUGAAUCUCUUCUACUUUUGUUUGUACUUAGAGAAUUGUACUACGUAUUGUGCGGGUCGUACUUAGACUUCUUGGCCUUCUUUUUUCGCCUACGUACUUCAUAAGCAUAAGGGGUGUUGUAGUUGUACCCUAACAUAGAAAAAUUGAAGCUUUUUAUAUCGCUACUCACCCUUUCCCUCUUCAUCUCUGAUUUCGAUCGACCGGCAGUGGCAAAUGAAAGCUGAGGGCAUGAGGCGCGAGAAAGCGUUGCGAAAAGGUAUGCAGAAAAGCGCUAUGAAACGGGCUCAGGGACGGCGAUGAGUGCAUGCUGAAGAGACGUUUCCUGUUAGUAAAAGCAGAUGUCCACAACUGGUGCUACUGCUCCGGACCGCGCUCAGUUGUUGGAUUUUUUUUUCUACUGCAGUAGCAGUAGAGGUAGAUACAGCUAGGAGACAUUUUGAAGGUACAUUUUGAAGCUAUUUAGUUUAUUCUUGAGUCUGUUUGCCUUUGCGUACUCGUACUGGCCUUUAGAAUAUAACUUUUGUUGUUUGAUUUUGACAUUCUUGAGUACAGGAGUAAAAAUCCCCAAGUUGUAUUUAAAUGAACACUUCUUCACACUGGCUGCAUUAUUUUAGAAAAGGGAGAGUAAGAGAACGAGAUAAGAGUCAGGAUAAAUAUAUUCGAGCAGCAAUAGAGAUUGGGAUAUUUGAUUUAGAUUUUCAGCUGGUGAAACUUAGGUUUUCAGUGGGCAGGAACGGACAAGGAAAUUUAAACAAACUCCUACGACUAGCAUAAUCAUAAUAACGAACCCUUGAGAUAAUGAAGUUGCUACACAACUUAGAAUCAGGACAUGAAAUUUAGAGUUGUGUAGCUGCUGCAAACCCAGAUGUAUCAUGUGUACGUGUACAGAUAGAGACCCAGGUGUAACGAGGUCGUGAGUAUUUUCAGCAUAACUCAAGCCCUACUACGGUGAGUCUUCAUGAUCGUUUUCAGUCUUUUUGAUGUCAACAGGUAUUUCGCAUUUCUUGACUCUUGACAGCUAGUUUUCCGUUCGAUGACUUAAUGAACCUCACGCUCAAGCAUCACGAGUUUGUUUCUUGCCGAUCUUUGCCUUGUCAAAGCUGACAUUUGUAUGGUGCAGGCGUCGGCGAGGACGAGACUGUCCGAU